AUGGAUGAGGAGAGUCUGGAAGCGUCCAUUCAGGCCUACAACGCCCAGCUGCAGCAGGUGGAGCUGGCUUUGGGGGCAGGCCUGGACCCCUCGCAGCACUCGGACUUGGUUCAGCUGCAGGAAGAUUUAAAGCAGCUGAUAGAACUGACUGAAUCCAGCCUGGUGUCCGUGAAAAAGAGCAAACUUCUGGCCACUUUAGAUACGAAUGCGACCUCCUCUUCCUCCCCAGUAGGCCUCUUGGAGCAGGACACCAACCCAGACAGUUCUUCCCAGGAUGAGGAGUACGCAGCUUUUAAGGAAGCCAUCGCCGAGCUUGGAACCCAUGAGGAGCCUUCAGCUAAGACCGAUGAGCUAUCAAAGAGAAGUCCAGAAACUGAUGAGAAAAAGUACAGUGAGGCAGAGGAAGCAUCUGACAGAGAGGAGGAGGAGGAGGAGGAGGAAUUGAGUGGGAUGAAGGUUAAAGCCCCCUACUACAGUUCUUGGGGGACUCUGGAGUACCACAAUGCCAUGAUCGUGGGGACAGAGGACUUGGAGGAUGGCAGUGCAGGCGUCAGAGUGCUGUAUCUCUACCCGACUCACAAGUCUCUGAAGCCGUGCCCGUUCUUCUUGGAUGACAAGUGCAGAUUUAAAGAGAACUGUCGGUUUUCGCACGGCCAGGUGGUCUCCAUGGAGGAGCUUCAGCCGUUUCAGGAGCCCAACCUGAGCACGCUGGAGGUGGGCUCGGCCUGCCUGGCCAAACACAGCGAUGGGAUAUGGUACACGGCAAAAAUAACGGACAUCGACAGUGGCUACUACACGGUGAAGUUUGAUUCCUUGCUGCUUAAGGAAGCCGUCGUGGAAGCAGAUAGUGUCAUUCCCCCGCUGCGAAGUGAAGACGCUGCCGAAUCUGCCGAGUCUGAUGAGGACAGCGUUGAUGAUUCCGGUUACGCUAAAGUGAUAGAUUCCAGAGUUCCGGAGAAUGGGGAAUGGACUCCUGCGUGCAGUUCCUCUUUCGGUGGCUGGGAAGCCCACACUCGUGGUAUUGGCUCCAAACUGCUUGUUCAGAUGGGAUACGAGUUUGGGAAAGGGUUAGGGAAGAAUUCUCAAGGCCGAGUGGAGCCGGUGCAGGCCGUGGUGCUUCCCCGAGGGAAAUCCCUCGACGAGUGUGCUGAGGUGCUUCAGAAGAGGAAGCAGGGGAAGCUGGACCCAGGCAAAUCGAGGAAAGGCCGAGCAAAGGGAAACAACUCUGGACAAUCCUCUGCAGGCAGCCGUAAGCCUCCCCGCAACGUGUUUGACUUUUUGAAUGAGAAACUGCGAGGGAAGAGCUCUGGGGAGAAGGCUGGAGGGAUGGCGCUGCCCGAGAGGAACAGCAAAGAGAUCUACCGUGCCAGCAAGAGCACCAGGAAGGCCCUGAGCGUCCGCCUCUUCCAGACAAUGGAGAAGAUUGAACAAACACAGAAGGAUAUUAUAGGAAUCCAGCAGGCCCUGGAACGCAACAUUGGACGGCACAGCGUUGCUGCGGCUCAGCUGGAGAAGAAGCUGGUGGAACAGCUGGGGCGGUUGCGUACCGAGAAAGCCAGUCUGCAGCGGGAGCAGAAGAAGGCAGACACGCAUAAGAAGAUGACUGAGUUCUAG